GCCCCCUUUACGUCACACCGGGCUGGACCUGACCUCACGAGCAUGGCGGCGUCCGUUAGCGCGUGCACCCGGUUCGCUUCCGUUUGUAGAAAAGUGGGAACGUCUCUGUUCACGUCAGCUGUGUGCGGGGACAGGAUGGACACGGAGAGGACGGCCAAGCUGGAGUUUGCGGUGCAGAUGACCUGUGACAGCUGUGCGGACAAAGUCAGAGCUGCUCUGCAGGACAAACCAGGAGUGACGUCUGUCAGCAUUGACGUCGGUAAGGAGGAGGUGCUGGUGGAAUCCGCUCUGACCAGCGCGGAGGUGCAGGCUCUGAUCGAGAGCACCGGACGCAGGGCGGUGCUGAAGGGCAUCGGAGGAUCGGAGCAAGACCAUGGUUCAGCGGUGGCCAUGAUGGCCGGUGUGGGAAAGAUCCAGGGGGUGGUGCGUUUCCUGCAGCUGUCUGAAGGCCAAUGUUUGAUUGAUGGGACCAUAGAUGGGUUGGAGCCUGGACCUCACGGCCUCCACGUCCACACCCUGGGGGACCUUACGCAGGACUGCCUCAGUUGCGGCGAGCACUAUAACCCCCUUGGAAGACGACACGGCGGUCCUGGAGACUCUGAAAGGCACGUAGGUGAUCUGGGGAAUAUUGUUGCUGGACCAGACGGCAGAGCGUCAUUUAGACUCGAGGACAGUCAGAUAAAGGUAUGGGAUGUGAUCGGCCGAUCGCUGGUUGUGGACGCAGGCGAGGACGAUCUGGGUCAAGGUGGUCACCCUCUCUCCGGACAGACUGGAAACUCUGGAGAAAGGCUGGCCUGUGGGAUCAUCGCCAGAUCAGCCGGCCUUUUCCAAAACCCCAAACAGAUUUGUGCCUGCGACGGAGUCACGCUAUGGGAGGAGAGAGAGAGGCCGAUAGCUGGGAAAGGUCGAAGCAAAGCCAACGCGCAGGCGCCGGCAGCAAACCUCUAAAAAACCUCGGACACAAACGCCGAGCACAUCUGUGACCUGCGGUCGGGGGGCGGUUUAAACAGAUAUGAAAACUUUUGAAGAGAAAUGCUGGGGACAAGAGGGUGAAGGGAGGAAGACAAAGCACUGGGGAGUAUGUCUCCCAACAGCUGCACGUAUGACCAAAGAAAAAUUGCCUUAUUUUGUCGACAUUUUGUGGCGUUUAUAGCUGCAGGUAGUGUCCUCUGGAGAUUUCAAAUGGAAGUUUGUAAAACUUGAUAAGACGUCCAUUAAUAUAUAGUUAUAUGUUUGUAUAACCAGCUGUCUCGUCACUGCUUGUAAGAUUUGAGGUAUCCAUUUUGGCUGUGCCAAAUAAGAGGUACUUAGGCAGAGGUACUUCAGUUUGAGGAAAAUGGGAUUAUAAACCGACUCCACAGGAUACGUCUCAAUCGAAGUCAGUUGCAACACCCAAGUGUUCAUUCAUAAAAAAUAAAAAAAAGUUAAAAAGGCAACACCGAAAUAGAUACCUCAAAGCAACGGAUAUAUACGGCUGAAUUCACACGGAUCCGGGGUAUUAUAUGGAUCAGGUAACCACGGGGCUAACUUGGGACACACAGAGGGAAUCUGGGCCACUGUGAGCUGCAUCCAGACUGAACAAAUCCUGCAUUAGCUUGUUCAUUUAAAAUCCAUGAGGUGGUGUGAGUGACUUGGAUAAGAGAGAUUCGAAAGCGGUCGGGAAAGAGAGAGAGAGAGAGUCCAACUCCAAGCAGAGCGAAAGGGCAAGAGGGCGGUAAAAGUUUGAGAAGAAGAAAGAAGAGGAGGAGGAGGAGGAGGGGUGUUGAAGGAUUGUGUGCUCAGCUGUUUUUCUCUCUCAGUGUACAGUUGCUACAGUCAACGUCAGAGCCACACAAUACAUGAAAGUGCCUGUUUUUCUGCUUUAAAAUCCUCUGUCAAUUGUAAUAAUGUAUAAAAACAUCUAUCCGCUGCCACUUGUUGAUUUCUGUCUCGAUGCAGACGUGAUUAUCAGCUCAUUGUGUGCACCAUAUUGGUGGAGUGUGUAUUGAUUUUCCAACAUUGAACGUCUGUCUUGUCCCGGUGAUGCCUGAAUAAGCUUAUUGAAUUUUCCCCCCCAAAUGUUCCAACCCGGUGUGCUUUUUCCAUUUGUGUGUCUGAGGGCUGUUAAGGCGAGCUUGAACGCACGACUGCAACUAAUGAUUGUUUAUGUUGUAUCGUUAUCAUUUAGUCUAAAUGUCUUUUAAACAGCCUUUUUUCUUAUGUCUGACCAUAAAUUUAUAUGUAAUAAACAAUAACUCUGUGAAAAGAA